GGCUUGCCCCUUCUCGGGGAGGAAUGUUUCCCUGCUGGCAACAAACAGUAUUUAAAGAGUAAUACUGCCUGAAGAGUACUUCAGAGGAGACUGAAUCUAGACGGUGGCAUGUCAGAAGACUCCAAGAGUAUUGUCCUUUCUCGUGCUGCUGACCUGUAGUCAGACCAGUUUACCCUGACUGAGUUUCUGAGAGCUCCAUGUCUCUUUGAUUAAGGUCCAAAGAGAUAAGUUUUCAUUUUCUCAAAAUAAAGGCAAAAGACUGUAGCCAGUGAUAUUUAGCAUCAUGGAGACCAACAGCUGUAAUGACCCUCAGGUGGAACCCAUGUCUUCCAGCAGAGAGAGGGUUACAGUGGAAGACAAUCUCUUGUUGAUAGAAGCUGUUCGAAAAGAAGACAUCAAAUUAGUCAAGCAAUUGCUGGAAAGAGGAGCUAAUGUCAAUUUCCAGGAAGAGAUAGGGCUCUGGGCACCUCUGCAUGUCGCAGUACAGAACUGCAGGGAGGACCUUGUGGAUCUUCUCCUUCAUCAUGGUGCUGACCCUUGUCUGAAGAAGAGGAAUGAGGCCACUCCCUUCAUCAUCGCUGGGAUCAUGGGAGAUGUGAAUCUGCUCCAACUUUUCCUUUCCAAAGGAGCAAAAGUCAAUGAGUGUGAUUCUAAUGGCUUCACAGCUUUCAUGGAAGCUGCUAUGUAUGGUCACAUCGAAGCCUUAAAGUUCCUUUAUGAAAAGGGAGCAGACGUGAAUUUGGGUCGAAAGACAACGAAGGAUCAAGAGAAGCUUAAGAAAGGAGGGACCACAGCUCUCAUGAGCGCUGCGGAAGAAGGACAUGUGGAGGUGGUAAAACUCCUCCUUGAGGACAUGAAGGCAGAUGUCAAUGCCCGAGACAACAGGGGCAGCAAUGCAUUGAUCUACGCGCUGAAGAAUUCCGAUGCUAGCAAAGUGGAGGCCAUUACUCGCCUUCUGCUGAGUCAUAAGGCUGAUAUCAAAGUGAGGGGAGAAGAGUGGAAGACACCCCUGAUCCUGGCAGUGGAAAAGAAGCAUCUGGGUUUGGUGCAGUUGCUUUUGGAACAAGAACAUAUAGAAGUUAAUGACGAGGACAGAGAUGGCAAUACAGCGCUGUCGGUUGCCGUCCAAAAAAACCAGAGUGAAAUUGCCCGGUUGUUGUGCAACAAGGGAGCCUGCACAGAUCGUGGAGAUCUCAUCAUGAUGGCAAGGCGCAAUUAUAACAGGCCCCUGGUACUAUUUCUUCGCAAACAUGGAGCUAAAGAAGAUUUUGACCCUCCUUCUAAAGCCUGGAAGUCUCAGAGCUCACGUUGGGGACGGGCCCUGGAACAGCUCCACAAGAUACACCGCCCUAUGAUUGGCAGGCUCAAGAUAUUUAUUGAUAAAGACUAUAAAAUUGCAGACAGUUCUGAAGGGGGUGUGUACUUGGGGUUCUAUGGAGAACAGGAGGUAGCUGUGAAGCGAUUCUAUGAAGGCAGUACCCUGGGGCAAAAGGAAGUCUCCUGUUUGCAGAGUUGCCGGGAGAAGAGUAACUUGGUGACAUUCUAUGAGAGUGAGAGGCAAAGUGACUGCCUGUAUGUGUGCCUCACCCUCUGCGAGCAGACACUGGAGGAGCACUUCAAUGCCCGCAAAAGGGCAGACGUGGGAAACAAGGAAGAUAAGUUUGCCCGGAAAGUCCUCUCUUCUAUAUUUAAAGCAGUCAAAGGGCUGCACCAGUGUGGAUAUGCUCACCAAGACCUGCAGCCACGAAACAUCUUAAUAGAUUCCAAUGAUGCUAUUUGCCUGGCAGAUUUUGAUAAAAGCAUCAAGAUGACUAGAAAACAGGAAAUCAAAACAGAUCUAAAGGACCUCGGACUACUGGUCAUAUAUGUUGUAAAAAAGGGAGACAUCCCUUUUGAAAGACUGAAGACUAAAAGUAAUGAAGACGUGGUUCGACUUUCUCCAGAUGUGGAAACUGAAAACCUCAUUCACCAUCUGAUCUUUCCUAAGGAAGAAUUUACAGACCUAAGUGGCCUGCUGGGGCAUCCCUUCUUUUGGAGUUGGGAGAGUCGCUAUAGGGCCCUGAGUGAAGUGGGAAAUGAAAAUGACAUCAAAAUUCGAAAGCCUAAUAGCAAGAUCUUUCAACUGCUGGAGCCUAAAUCUUCUGAACAUUCCAAAAGUUUUAACCGCUGGAAGGCUAAGAUUGAUGAGUAUUUUAUGAAACAAAUGGAUCAGUUUUACAAAAAAGACGGUAGGUAUCAGAACACUGUGGGUGAUCUGCUAAGAUUCAUCCGGAAUACAAGACAACAUCUUCAUGAAAAAAAGAAUGAAAAGGUGAAGUUGAGAAUUGGAGAACCUUCCCAAUAUUUUCAGGAAAAAUUUCCGGAUUUCUUUUUAUAUGUCUAUGAAAGACUACACAGCACUGAAUAUGGAAAGCAUUUUGUCCAAGACUGACACUCCAAACUAGCUCUAGUGUGAUGGAGACAGUGCGACCUGAGUGCCGAACCUUUGAGUUCAGGGAAGUGCUUACCAACUGUGUGACCCUGGGCUUGCUACACCUCUUUGCUAACCUGGUUGCUUGUAAGGGUUGAGUUGGGUAGCUGAUCUAUCUGUUACUGGCACAGGUCUAGUAUUCCCCACCUGUUUGUGACAGAAAAAACACGUAUGUUUUGACCGUAGUCUUUUUAAGAGUAAAGCUUUGUGGCAGAAGCUGGGAAAACAUACUGCUAAGAUUCCUCUUGUCAGUUGCACCAAAAGGGUAAGGACCUCGAGCUCUAAUACUACAUGCUUUACAUCUUUUAGCUCCUGUAAUUCUCCCAAUGACUUUGCAAGAGAGGUUCAGUGUCCCCUUUAAAGAAAUGAAGAACCUAAGAUUCAGAGUUUGAACCAAAAUUUCACUGUUUCAUGGAUAUAAUGUUAUUGAUACCUCUCUUUGGGGCUUAGAACUUACUAGCCCAGAGUGCUUCUGAAUGAGCCCCAAAAGGAGUGUGUCAAAGCAGCUCCAUGUGGCUCCUUCCUUCAUUCACCUCAUUCAUUUUCUUUCAAUAUUUUAUGAGCACUAAUAUAUAUUGAGGCACUAAUAUAUGCAUUCCUUUUCUUCUAGAACCACCUACAGAGGUCUUGUUUGGCACUAGUUCUCAACUGGGGGCAGUUUUAUCCCCAGAGGUCAUUUGGCAGUGUCAGGAGAUGUUUCUGGUUGUCAAAUCUAGGAGGGAUCUAGUUAACAGAGAUCAAGGAUGAAGGCAAACAUUCUAUGAUGCACAAUUAAUAGAGACCAGAGAGGCAGUAAAACACUCUGCAGUGUACAUCCUACAAUGCACAGCCACCACAUGUGGGUUAUUCAGACUGAAAUAUCAGGGGGAUCAAGGUUGAGAAACUGCCUUAUGGGUCUUGGGACUGUAGAACCUAUGUAGAGUCCCAGACUCUGCAGUGUAUGGACUACCUCAUGGAGGAGAAAUUCAAAUUUGUUUUCUUGCUUUUGCAUCUGUCAUAGACAAUUGCAGUGUCACCUCCUCAGGAGGUCCUUUGGUCACUGACACUUCCCACACCCCAUCUGAGUGACUUUUCUGACUGCCAAGCAUCCAGAACUAUGGCAGAGCAGGCUUUGCACCCAGUUUUUCUUACCACAGACAUUUCAUUGAACAUGUAGCUCAUACUAGGUACUGUGUUGAGCAAGGUGAUUCUGUGCCUGGGCACAUUAAGGUCUUAGGAUCACUAAUAAUAUAUAUAUAUUAUAUAUA